AUGAAGGCCUCGCCGCUGCUUAUCUCAUGGCAUAACGACAAUGCCCCCAUCUACUCUGUGCAUUUCGACCCGAAUGGCAAGGGACGCCUAGCAACGGCUGGAAAUGAUAACAACGUCCGACUAUGGCGAGUCGAGUCUACCGGCGAAGAUCGCAAGGUUAACUACCUGAGCACAUUGGUGAAGCAUACACAGGCCGUCAAUGUGGUCAGAUUCUGUCCGAAAGGCGAGAUGCUUGCAUCUGCCGGAGACGACGGCAACGUCCUGCUUUGGGUACCAUCGGAGCUGCAAACACAACCCGGCCUGGGAGAGGACCGGUCGGACGACCAGGAGACCUGGCGCGUGAAGCACAUGUGCCGCUCGUCCGGUGCAGAGAUCUACGACUUGGCCUGGUCUCCCGAUGGUGUCUUUAUCAUGACAGGGAGCAUGGACAACAUCGCGCGGAUCUACAAUGCUCAAACCGGACAAAUGGUGCGGCAGAUCGCAGAGCAUUCUCACUAUGUCCAAGGCGUCGCGUGGGAUCCGCUCAAUGAGUUUGUCGCGACUCAGUCGUCGGAUCGAUCGGUUCACAUCUAUAGUUUGAAGACCAAGGAUGGCCAAUUCACCUUGACGCCGCAUGGCAAAGUUCUCAAGAUGGAUCUGCCUGCGAAACGCAUAGCCUCGAGUAGUCCCGCUCCCCCAGAACCCACCAGCAGACCUCCACCGAGCACAAGCAAUUCAAUUGCAAUUGCCUCACCUGCCCCUUCAACUCCGGGUACACCAAUGGCAUCCAAUCUGCCAAUGGACCCUCCUCCUGUCUCUCACAGUCGGCGCUCGUCGUUCGGCUCGUCGCCAUCUAUUCGACGCUCUGCGUCGCCUGCUCCAUCAUUGCCAUUACCCGCAGUGAAGCCUUUAGAGGUUUCUUCACCGAGCAUUCUUGGUGGUCUGGGAGUGAAAAAUGCCAGCAUCUAUGCUAACGAGACCUUCACAUCCUUCUUCCGAAGACUGACGUUUGCACCGGACGGAAGUCUUUUAUUUACGCCUGCCGGUCAAUACAAGACCACCUGUGUUUCUGCUACUGAUUCUUCAAAAACCACGGACGAUAUUAUCAACACGGUCUACGUGUAUACUCGAGCGGGCUUCAACAAACCGCCAAUCUCCCACCUUCCCGGUCACAAGAAACCAUCAGUGGCUGUCAAGUGCUCUCCGAUAUUCUACACGCUCAAACAGAGUUUUCAGCCCGCGAAAAACAUCACUCUUGAUACAUCGUCUGCUGGGGAGAUGUUCCCUCCUUUGCCGGACCCGGUUGUGUCAAAUACAUCGGCUACAAGCCAGCCACAUAUGGAUCCACCGCUUUCCACUCAAGGGGACACUUCAAAGCCUCAAGCAUCCCCGAAGACUCUUGAUAGCGAAGCGCAGAGCUCAACACCACCAAUUUUCGCGCUUCCUUACCGAGUUGUCUAUGGGGUGGCUACGCAGGAUGCCGUACUUGUCUAUGACACACAGCAACAGACCCCUCUAUGUGUUGUGAGCAACUUGCAUUUCGCUACAUUCACGGACUUGUCUUGGUCCAACGAUGGCUUGACAUUGGUCAUGAGCUCUUCAGACGGAUUCUGCUCUACGCUCUCGUUCGCACCAGGCGAGCUGGGACAAAUCUACACUGGACCGACUGGACCUGCCAACGCGGCCAACGCGGUCACUUCGUCAAUCGCCACUCCUCUCCCAACUCCAACACAGGUUUCCCCAUCCCCCGUCAAGUCGAGUCAUGGUCCAGCAAGCAGCGGGGGUCCAGCAUCCAGCACACCCCACGGACCGCCGGCAAGUCCAGCCCGCUCCAACUCUGCCUCCUCUGUCAUGACCCAAUCGUCAAGCCAGCAAGGCGUCGUGAACAACCCCACCCCGACUCUCGGUUCCGUACCUCUGGUUACAGCAGCACACUCCGCGCAGCCUUCCGCCCUCCCACUCACCACACCACCACAAACCCCCUUGCCAACACCAUCACAAAGCGGCGCAAAUACAACCGUUAGUGUCCUUGGCAAACGCGACACGCGAACCACCAGCGAAUCCGAAAAAGAAGAAAGCAAAGGCCAAGAAACCAUUGGCCAGCAACCAAAGAAACGCCGGAUCGCACCAACCCUCAUCUCAGCCAGCACCGACAUCCCGCCUUCAAAAGACGGCAAUGCAGGCGCUAGCACAUAA